UCAAGAGGCAACCUUGAACGAAAGAAACUUUUGUAACAGGAUCAAAAAUGGAUUUAUGACCUGCAGUAUGUAAGUAUCGUUUUCGAGUAACAAUUCCGCUCUCCCGCUUUUUCUUUGGCAAUUAGGAUUACGUACAUACUUGAUCAGAGUAUAUUCGGCUGAAACUACUAUCCGGCAACGGUUGCGUAGUGGAAUCGACGACCGGCUCCGGCCUAUACCCGUUUCUUCCGAGCAAAAAAUGUGCGACAGAUCCACCGGAAGUAGCGACACCGCAGAGCGGCAAGUGGUGCCUGCUUCUCCGGAGUUUGUGCUUACGACCUCUACGGAGCAAAAAUGCGGUGUGACGCCUGUAAAAUGCUCGAAGACCUCCAAAGACAAAGAACGGCAUGCCAGGACACCAUUAACCACGACACCUUGCACGACAGCGUCGCUGGCGCUCGAAAUAACAGACGACGACGGGGCUCAACAUCUUCUUGGAGUUCUCGACGACGACAAACACAAUGAUCAUGAUAACGAGAACGAUGCAAGGAGCAACUUGACGGGUUCGGAUUUGUCCGAUUUUGCGUCGGACGACGAGGAUUUUCAGCUGCCGUUGAAGGAUUCCUUUUCCCUGUUCACGCGCAUCCAGGCCGGGGCCUUCGACAGCAAGAACUUUGAGGAGUACCAGAUGGUCCGCAUUUGCAAGUUUUCGACCGUGGAGCGGUUCCAGGCGAUCUUCCAGAACGUGGAGAAGCCGUCCAAGAUUGUGCAGUCCGUGUUUGCGAAAUUGGAGGAUGAACACUUGUCGGCGGUGGUGAGCACGAGCGACAAGUACGUGGACGCAAUCGCGUACUUCAAGGACGGGUAUUUUCCCUCGGCGGCCAGCUCGGACUCCCGAGCCAGGUGGGACUGCAGGUUGAGGGCAAAGGAGGUACUACUGCUCUUCGAGUCGGUUUGAGAGUAGAAUCAUAUAUAUGUCUCGAUGGCGGGACGGGUUGGAGUUCUUUGACUUUCUCGUUCAAUAUGCAUGUUCUUGGUUCCAGUCGGAGUUGCAGCACCUUCUUUCAUGUGGUGUAUCCGUAGGAAAAGGAUUUAUAAAACCAAUCAAUUGUUCAUGUUCAACAGUUUGUUUGUACUAACUAUGUCUUCCUCCAUGUACUCCGUAGCAGUUGCGUAUGCAUUUCAGCAAAUACAAAUGCAAAUCUUCCCAAAAACCAUCAGACUCUUCCGGUGGAGGUAGACGAGAUGUGGGUGGACGUGGUGACCAACCUGGUGGCCGGGCAGUUUUCCGACGACGUUAUUGGGGUGUUGCUGUGUCCCAGAGAGCGAAACGUCGUCAAAAUUGAGCUCUGGCUGAACACCUUCGCCGACGAGCGCCAGUGCAGGAAAACGGGGCAGAAAUUUGCGCGAAUACUCAAGGCGGCUUCACAGAAGGCGAUAGCGAAGCACGGAGGCGGAGGUGAAGAUGCCUCUAAUUAUUAUUAUGCCGCCCCCGGGCACGGGCAAGAAACGACUCACUCGCAACAGGCUACGGCUGGUACGUUGAAAAGUACACCAAUACAACUGGAAGCGUGGAAUGGCGUUCUGAAGUGCCUAUCGUUGGAAGAGGAAAGAAAAGCCGUGCUCUAUCGGCUGCCGCAAAAGAAAGGAUGAUAACAAGUAGUAGAUGAAAUCCUUACAUUAACACGACGAUAAUGAAGACAAAGCGAUUAUUGUGAAAAAUUUGCGACACAUACACACUGCCUCCAAGAUCAAAUUUCGAAGGCAUCUACUUUUUGGAACAGAGCCGACGCACUGUUCUUGAUACAUAGGAAUUUGUACGAUGUAAAGCCACAUCAACUACAACAUUAAUCUAUGCUGCUCGCAUUUCUGGC